CAGGUGUUUUCCAGCCGAGGCGGCGAGGAGAGGCGGUGACCUUCGACUCCGCUCUGCUUUUCUCUCGACGCUCUGAGGGCUUUCCCGGCCCGGUACUGCAGCCCUUCCCCACUAUGGAGGCAGAGGAUGACUUGGAUGAUCCAGAGAGAUUAAUACAGUGUCCAUAUGAUAAACAACAUCAAAUCAGAGCCUGUCGUUUUCCCUAUCAUCUUGUAAAGUGCAGGAAGAGUCACCCUGAAGUUGCAAAGUUAUUGGCCACGUGUCCCUUCAAUGCUCGCCAUCUUGUUCCUCGAGCCGACCUCGUCGAUCACAUAGCGAAGUGCCGGGACAAAGGGUUCAUUGAGCAUGAUAUAGCACAUUGUUCUUCUGGCUUCCAAAGAGAUGAGGUGAAUGCUGUAAGCACAUGGCAGGCACCUCCAUGUGAUGAAGACUGGGAAACAGAGUUGCUAGAGGAGCCAAAUUCCCCUUUUAUUUGGGGCAUGACCAACUCUGGCAUAAACAGUUGCAGUGUUACCUCUGGACAAAAGAAUUACCUUCCUUCAAGUGUACGUGCGCCUGAGUCCUCCCCAUAUGCUGCAUCAUGGAAGGAUUAAAGCAUCGUGAUGGUGUCAUCGCAGGUUCCAGCCAUUGCAGCUUCAUCGUGUGGGUGUGUGGUGUUUCAAUUCAUACAGCAAUGGUGAAUCCUCUGUGAAUUCCUCGCAACACACAGUUAUAGCAUGCAACCCUUACAACGUGCAAUUAUGCAGUCCUCACGAUAUUCACGUACACAGCUGAAAUCUAGACCUAAGUAUUCAGAUUUCCACUGGAGUUUUGCUGUUCGUUCUUAAAGUUUUCCAAUGCUUAGAGCAUGUUUGAAAGCUCAAACACAACUGUUCUUUCCUGAGGGUGGGAAAAAGUUCAGUUUACUAUCAGCACAUCUAGGACUGUGGAAUUGUUUGGAUUAAACUGUAUGCUUCCUAAAAAAAGAUCUAAAUUACAAGCACGAAAAACUAAGAAACAACACAAGGUAUUUGUCUAGAAUAAACUUAAUGCCACUGAUGUUUGGAAAAGAGUUCUCAAAAUACUGACUUCUUACCAUUAGUGUUACUGCCAGUGUAAAAUAAUGUAGCAUAAUGUGCAGAAUUAGGCUUGGUUCUGUCAGGACUCUUGUUGUUCAGAAUGACAGUUCAUAAUAAAAAGAUUUUGAAUCACA